CUACUUAUACGAAUCAAACCUUUCAUAGAAACAAUGUUCAAUUUGGUUACACGAGUGCAGACAGCGGGAAAUCAGGCAUUGACCGCGUCAAUGGUUGUCACAGGAUUUGUUAUAUUACUAACACUUCUUCAAUUAGCUCAAGAUAAUGUAUGGGGCAUUUCCACAACUUCAAUCACCAAUAUUCAACCAACAUCUUCAAUUAAGCGGUCCUCGCAAUACGGAUCAGUCAAUCGUAAGCCAAAAGAGAAUUCCAAGAUUCAAUUUGAUUUAGAUGCCGAUUUGACCCCAUUGUUUAAUUGGAAUACUAAACAAGUAUUUGUAUAUUUAACUGCCGAAUACCCUGGUAAGAGUGAAGGCUCUUCCAACAAGGUGACUUAUUGGGAUAAGAUAAUUAAAUCUAAGGACGAAGCCAAACUUCAUUAUGUUAACCAAAGAAGUAAAUAUUCUGUAUGGGAUGUUGAAAAGUCGUUUAGAGGAAGAAAUGCUACUGUUAGAUUAGAGUGGAAUAUUCAACCUCAUGUUGGACCCUUGAUUUAUGGACUGACUGAAACAACAGGAAAUUUUCAGUUUUUGCGUAAUGAGUGAGUUUGUCAUGUUCAUAAGUUGUUGUUGUUUUAUUUUUUGGUUUGUACUAUUUGCUAAUAAAUAAUUAUAUAUACAAGUAAAUAAAUGCAAAUGAGGUUCU